AUGCUUCUGCCUCGCAUUAUCAACCUGCCGCCCACCAUCAAGACCAUGUCAACCACAUCAGCAGAGCUCCCGAAUGGAGCAAACGGCCGAGUUAAUGACCACGAUCAUGUCCUUCGACCCCGUCCGCGCAAGCCGCUGCAUUCGCAACUGUCCCAAAUCAGCAACGCUUCAGAUACCGGUAGUACCUUUGAUACUUCGGAGCAAGGCGCAAGUAUCAGUAGUGGUCGAUCAACGCCGGUCCCCGAGGACGCUCCGCCGUCGGUUAAAAUCCUAUCCACGGCGCGCCAGCAGGUACGGCGAGAACAACGUGAAAUCCAGCGCACCCGUCGACGCCUGUUCCCCACGACGGACUUCGAGUCUCGUUUAUCCCAUCUCGACCCGAACAGCGACUACCGGGAUUUCCAUGGCUUCUUCAACCUAUUCUGGAUUGGGCUUGCCAUCAUGGCCAUCACAACCAUGUUGCGCAACAUAAAAGACACGGGGUAUCCUAUGAGAGUUCAGAUCUGGGGAUUGUUUACCGUAAAGGUUUGGGAGCUCGCGUUGGUUGAUGCAGCCAUGGUACUGAGUACAUAUGUUUCCCUGCCGCUGCAUCGCCUCUUCCGCGCUGCCCCCGCCGGUUCUUGGUUGACCUGGGCCCGUGGCGGUAUGGCUAUAAUGAGCAUCUAUGAGGUUUUGUGGAUGGCCCUUUGGGUUGCCACCCCUUUCCUCCUUGACUGGACUUGGACUGCACAGGUAUUUCUGUUGCUGCACACCAUGGUGCUUCUGAUGAAGAUGCACUCAUAUGCCUUUUACAAUGGCCAUCUUUCAGAGACCGAGAAGCGAUUGCGCGCUCUUGACAACCCUUCAACAGCGUCCAAAGCACCGGCAUACCUCUAUCCUAGCGAGAACAAGGUGGCCAGUCCUAAGCGCACAACGGCUCCCAAAUUUUUCCGAGACAAGACAGACGAACCAAGCGGACCUCUCGAGGCUGCCAAGCUCUCAAAUGACGUGGACGAUCGUGUGGGAGGCGACUGGCACGUCGACGGUGAGGACGAUGACAUUUCGCAGCUGCGUGAGGACCUUGCGCGUGAGCUGACCAGUCCUAUGGGAAACACGGCCUACCCGCGCAACUUAACAUGGUCCAACUACGUCGACUAUCUUCUCUGUCCUACACUGUGCUACGAACUCGAAUAUCCUCGCACCGAAAAGGUUGACUGGCAAUCACUCAUUAGCAAAAUCAUCGCAGUCUUUGGUUGCAUCUUUCUUCUGACCAUCGUCAGCGAAGAAUUCAUCCUGCCUGUCCUGAUCGAAUCGUCCCAGCGACUCUCUGUUCCAGGAACAUCGGCAUCUGAAACCAUUCUGAUCCUGUGCGAGACGGUCUCGUGGCUCCUCUUUCCGUUCAUGGUUACAUUUUUGCUUGUCUUCUUGGUCAUCUUUGAGUAUGUGCUGGGUGCAUGCGCCGAGAUUACACGUUUUGCAGACCGGCGCUUUUUCGCCGACUGGUGGAACAGCACCGAUUGGAUGGAGUUCUCUCGCGAGUGGAACGUGCCCGUUCAUGCAUUCCUCAGGAGGCAUGUCUAUGGCGCAAGCAGGCCGCACAUUGGCAAGCCAUAUGCGACUGUUAUCACCUUUCUGAUCAGCGCCAUCGGUCACGAGAUUGUCAUGGCUUGCAUUACAAAGAAGCUGAGGGGUUACGGCUUUGUGUGCCAGAUGUUGCAGCUGCCGAUCUUUGCACUGCAGCGUACAAAGUGGAUCAGAGGAAAGCACACAGCCAACAAUGUGUUCUUCUGGUGCUCCAUGAUCAUGGGCCUUAGCAUGAUGUGCUCCCUAUAUGUGCUGAUAUAG